UCUGUGUAGUUUAUCAGCUUUUAAUGAGCCGAUCACCGCUGGGAAAGUGGCCGUGACUCGCGCAUCAGUCCCGCUCUGCCCCUCGGUGACAUUACGCACAGUGUUGAGAUGGCGAAGAGCUCAUCCAGAAGGUCUCUGAAAAGUUUGUUCUCCAGGAGCGAAGUCAGCGUGGACGAACCGGCGGAGAAGGAAAAGAAUGAGGGAGAGAAGGCGAAGUUUAAAUUCUUGAAGUUCAAGACAAAGACAAAGAAUGACUCUGCACCAGUGAAGGCGGCCAAUGAGAACCAGCAUUUACUCAGUGCUGCUGAACCCAGUAACACUGCCAAGGAUGGAGAGGCCUGGAUUGACAGUAUCGCAGCGGACAACAAGAAUUCUAUCUAUGGCACCACAUCAAGGUCAAAGGGCAAAGAAUUCAGCUACUCGGAGUUGGACCUCCGUAAGCCAAAGAGGUUUGCCACCUUCUCCUUUGGUUUGAAAAAGAAAAAGAAGAAUGAUCGAGAGAAUGUCUCAAAGAGCACCUUUGUCCUUCAUAGCACUGGCAUUGAAGAGCAAGUGGAGACUCCUCCGGGCCACAGUCAGAUGGAGUUGGAUCAGGCCAACUUGAAGCCAAUUUUCAGCAUGUCUCAACCAGAGCUCGACACCAUCGAGAAAUUUGACAUCCCUUCUCCUCCCCCUGUGGCCACAAACCAGUCAGAAUCAUAUUUCACUUUACCUAACCAAUCGCAACCAUCCAUCACCCUGAACACCCAACCAGAGACGAUGGAGCGUCUGGCCAACGGCUCCCAUCUGUUUGACGUACAUGCAGAGCCGAAGAAAGCCCCGAUUGCCACCAUCCCUGAGCUGCAGCUGGAGACUACAGACUCAUCAAAGGAAAAACUGGAUGAUUACUCAAAUCAAUCUGCCUCCACGACUCGUACAGAAACAAUCUCUACUGUGGACAACCAGACUGUACCUAGCGUUCCAGCCAGCCGGUCUCUAACCGUGCUUGGCACCUCUGAUCACAAGGCAGCAGUUGUUAACUCCGUCACCACAAGCAACAGUCGGUUUGAUAAUGACAUUCUCCAGCAGUCUCACACAAACAAGGACAUCUCUGGAUCCACCAGAGUCACGUUAUCACAUCAUCAACCUGACACUCCUGACAUAGCUGACAGUACAAGUCAAAAUGGCAAACUCUCCCUGGCAAGUGCUGACUCCAAAAUUGAUGGCGCAGUUACAGAGUCGACCCCUGUUCAUCACGCUGACGACUCGGCUCUCGACUCUGCAUCUGUCUAUCAAGAAGUCUCAAUUUCUCGCACUGAGAGAUCUGCUCUCGUAACCCCAACGAGUGUCACCAAAACCUCGGCUGUUAGCGCUGAGAAAGGUGCUUCACCUGUCAGGCAAGAAGCAGUUUAUGGAGCAUUGUAUGAGUCGCUUUUCCCUCAGAGUUUUGGCUCGGAGGUAAUGUCAUCCCUCUCAAACCCACCGCCUCAAAUCAUUACCGAGAUAAGACAUCUUAACAGCAAAUCAGCACCUGUUAUGGUUAAAACCCUUAAUGAACAUCACACAGAAACUAAUGUUCAGCACUCUCGCCUGUCAGCUUCACCUGAGUUUGACUCUGCUGCUCGCAAAGUGGAUGAUGCCGUAGGUGGUUAUACUAACGUAAACACCACCUUCAGUGAGAGAGAGGGGAUUUAUUCUAGCGAGAGCUCCAGAUUCACCUCUUUCCAAACAUCUACUGCUUCUGAGCCUCGAAAAGACCCAGAAAUUCACAUCAGAUAUCUACCUUCCUCUCUCAAUUCCGGUUCCAAACCAGGUGAUGGCGAUACAAUUCCUUACUCGGAGCUGACCCGCUCCCUUUCAGAGGUGAAAUCAGACAGGUUUAGCCUCAUUCAAGACAAUGCCAGGUCAGUCCCCUCUGUUCAAAGCUCUGCCCCUCCCGUCUUUGACUACGUACCAUCCCAAGGGGGGGACACUCGGGUUACUCGCUCCAAACGGAGAGCAGUCCUAGUCAAAGAGUUAGUCACAGACGAGGCGAGCACAGACCCCAUCUGUCCGUGUCCCGCGCCUGAAAAAAUGAGUGCAGCGGAGCAUUAUGAGAUAAGCAUCGAAACAAGAGAGACUUUUGCUACUUCUGGACAGGUGGAUGGGUCUGAUGGGCCUUUAAGCCCGGCAUAUCUGAGCGUUGGAUCGGAUGACGGCAGUGUGGUGGAGAUCUACUACAGUGCUGAAGAGGACAACGGGGAGGAGAGCGGGAACGAAGAGAUGAACACUGUGGCUGAAAGAGUAGAAAGUUGCGUGGUAGAUGGGGUGAAAGAGGCCGGGCUACGUGAGGAGCUUCCACAGCAGGGGGAUGUUGAAGAAAGAGGGAUAAGAAAGAGAGAAGAGGGAGAAUAUCAGGUGGUUAUUAUUAAAAUGCAGAAUGAGGGAGGCAUAGUGGCCAAUGAAGUUGAGAAAGAAUAUAUCAAUAGCCGAUUGGAAGUCGAGGAAAAAGUCGGAGGUCAGAGGUCGGAGACUCAAGUGCAGGUGAUUGAAACCUCUGAGUUUCUUGUUGACAAUGAUACAGAGAGUCGGGUGAAAGAAGUAGCAACCCCAAUGUUGCCACAGGUGAGAGAAGUGGAGGAGGAGUUACCUGCCCCACCGGUUCAGCAGGUGGACACGCUGAUGGUAUGCGACUUUGCUCCACCCUCCAGUGAGCCGCAUGGGCAGGGAGAGGGGUCUGAGGGAAACUGGAGCGAGGAGUUGGAAACAGAAGACCCCCCUAAUGAAGAGACCCAACUCCCAAGCCAGGUGAUACAAUACCUGGCUCACGAAGACAUUAUGAGUUCUGAAUACAUACACGCCGCUUCCAGCAGCACCAGAGAGGUAGACGAGAUCACACCCAGAUUAAGUGAGGCAGAAGAGAAGGUUUCACUGACAGCAGAGGCAGACCAAAUGGGUGAAGUGAGCAAAGACAGCACAGAAACCAUCAGUGGCACACCUACACACAUAGCUGAGCUGCAAUCAGAUGCCACAGAGGUUGAACACAAUAGGGCACCACAGCGUAGUGAGUGGGUGGAUACAAUUACUCAGAGCAUAGACAGAACCGAGACAGCGCCAGAACAGGUGGCAGUCAACACAGACACACGCCGUCCUGAUCUGGAAGCUGCAGAGACACGAUCGGAGAGACAGCCGUCAGAAGCGCAACCCGACCCAGAUCAAGGGUCGCUGACAGCGUCAAGGACGCCCACAGCAGCUUCAGAAAUCUUUGCUUCGGUAAAUCAGCCACCUAAAGCUGAGAAGGAAUCCGUUGACGAAAUGAAUUCAGGAUACAGCAAAAUAAGCACCAAACUGUACAUAAAGAAUACCUCUCCUCCUAAAGAGGAUGAAUCCAAAUAUCGUAUCCAUAAAUUAUCACUAGUCGAUGAGACAAACGCAGCUGAGGUCAGCAAAGAUACAGUGGACUUUAGCCAAGAAAGCACCACUGUCACUGAAUCAAAUAGAACAGAUAUCGGCUCGGACUACCGAUGGAGAAAUAGAUUUGAGGGGGUUUCUCAGUAUACACCAUACAAAGCAGAGAGUUCCUCCUUUUCUGAUUCUCUGAGUUACAGAAUGUCUGACUCCUACUCCAGUACCUCCUCCUUCUCUUCCUCCUCUGUUCUCCCCGAUUCUACAGCAUGUAAAUAUCUCAGCAACCCCUCCUCCUCUCCAGUGGAACGCGUUACUGUUGGCAACAGGCUGAGUGACAUGACCAAAGUUUCUCUGAGCUAUGAGAGCGAGCCAGCUGGAGCACCAAAAUAUGAGUGGAGGAGGAGUUUGGUGGAGCAGGAGGAGCCUGCUGCACCUGCAGGUGAAAGAGUGGGACAAAGAGAGAGCCAGAGAGAGGCAGAGGGAGAGGGAGAAGGAGAAGGAGAGGCAGAGAGGUCCGACCUCUCCUCAGCACAAGGCCACGACACCAUCGACAGUUUCGAAGACGACGACUCAUCCCGUUUUUCUGGAGUGUUCAAGGCCACGCUCGUGGAGCUGGUCUCCGAGCCUGCAGCUCCCCCCAGCACUCCCCCAGCCUCCCCCGACGCAGACUCCCCAAACCAAUUCGACAUGGACAGCCUGGUGGACACGCUGAAGAGUAUGGGACCCUCCCUCAGGCCUAGGAACACAAGCCUGCGCGGGGCCCCUCCGGUCCUCGUCUCCUCCCUGCCACCAAUUGUCGAGGAUGCCAGCCCCGUUACCCCUGACAUCCCUGCUUCCCUCACAAAAAAGAUGGAAGCAAUGGGCAACACUGCCGAGUCCCUCAAAGGACUUUACACUCUGCCUAGUGACCUGGGACUGAAGAGGAACUCCACCAGGGACACUCGUUCACCACUGGAGCUGAUGAAGCAGAGCCAGCAGGACCAGCAGCAGCCCAGAGCAAGAGGCCUGAACUUGCCCCUGAGAUCAUCUGUUACCGACAGUUUAGUAAUGAGAAAAUACUCUGACUCUUCUCCGGAGGAAGUAAAAUCCCCAGUGCUGAAUGGAAAUGGACUUAUUCUGUCAUCCAGCUCUCGCCUGGACAAAAGCAUCAUCUUUGGAAGCCACAGGUCACCAUCCAGUGAACAGACUUUGGAAAACGGUAAGGCCCAUCGCUCACUCUUCCGCACCAGCUCGCUACCUGAUAAGGGGCCUUCAAAUGAUCGCAUGAGUUUAGGACCAAAAGAGCUUGGUGAACCUGGAACCGGUACAGAACCAGCGGGGUCCCGCUUUGAGCGCUUCUCCUUCCUUUUGAACUCCUCUUCCUCCGAUUCGGGCUCCUUGACCGGAGCUGAAAGUCCCAAGGCUCGUAUGAGUCUGCCUCCGCUGCGGGGCAUGGGUUCGCCGCCCUCCAGCAACAGUCCAACUCGCCUCCUCAGCCCCACCGGCUCCAUAGACCUCCAGAGGCCGUUCACCACCACAGACUCCCCCUUUAAUAUGUUUGGCCAGACCCAGGGGAUGGGUGCAGGUACUGGGGCACUGGGCAAUCCCAUCCUGCAGAGGAGCUUCAGCAGUGAGGGCACCGAGGGAGUCCAUCAGACGUCAUUGUUCAACAGUAGACAUGGAGGGUCUCAGUUCCAGAGCCAAGAACUUGAGCCUGACAGGAAUUUAGCGUCCAAAUAUAGGGCCUUCCCUGAUGCUUAUCUCACUAAAGCGAAGGAGCAUGGGAAGCUCAAUCCUCGUCCUGGAAAGAUGUAUAUCUUCGACCGGCCAGGGAUGUGUGGCCAGAGGAUCGAGGUGCGCAGCGAUGUCAUCGACGCCACGCCCUGGGAGCUGCAAGAGACCAUCUCCAUCCGGGUCGUCAGAGGAGGAUGGGUGCUGUAUGAGAAGCCUAACUUCAAAGGGGAGAAGAUCGCCCUGGAUGAGGGAGACAUAGAGCUCACCUACCCCUUCAGUCCAGAGGAGCAGCUUCAGAACGAAGAGAAAGAGGCCGGAGAGCAGAACGGAGAGCAGAACGGAGAGCAGAACGGAGAGCAGAACGGAGAAACAAGUGAUGUGCCGACAAAGCCAGCAAGGAAGUUCAUCAUCGGGUCUCUUAGAAGAGCUGUCAGGGAUUACAGCGUCCCAGAAAUCAGUCUUUUCCCCGAGGAGAACGCAGAAGGGAAGAAGGUGAUCUUCAGAGAUACGUCUGAUGAUGCCAGGAUUUUUGGCUUCCCCAUCAAGGCCAACUCUAUCAUCAUCAAUGCUGGGCUAUGGCUCGUUUACGCACAUCCCUUCUUCCAGGGCGUUCCACGUGUCCUGGAGGUGGGGGGAUACUCCACCCCUGCGGCCUGGGGAGUGGAAAAGCCCUAUGUGGGAUCCCUACAUCCACUCAAAGUAGGUGAACCAAGAGUGGAAAAUACAAGUGAACCAAAGAUGGUGGUCUUCGAAAAGCCGUACUUCACUGGGAAAUCCAGGACCAUAACCACCAACAUGAGGGACUUCAUGACCAGAGCAGACCGGCAGCAGACGGCCUUUAUGUACAAUGUUGGCUCCCUAAAAGUACAGGGAGGAAUGUGGGUGGGCUACGAGAAGGAGGGCUUCCGGGGCCACCAGUACCUGCUGGAGGAGGGAGAGUACCAUGACUGGAGGGUGUGGGGAGGCUGCGAUGCCGAGCUGCGCUCCGUCAGGGUGAUACGAGCAGACCUGAUGGACCCCAUAAUGGUGAUGUUUGAACAGCCAGAAGAAGAGGAGGAGGGCGAAGAGGAGGAGAACACCUUCGAGGUGACGGAGGCCAUUCCUGAUGUCGAGCUGUUUGAGUACAAAACGUCCACGCGCUCCAUCCACGUAGUCAGCGGGGCAUGGAUAGCCUACUCCCAUGUGGACUACUCUGGAAACCAGUACAUCUUAGAGAAAGGAUUCUAUAACAACUGUGCUGACUGGGGCUCUCAGGACACUCGCAUCUGCUCAGUGCAGCCCAUCCUACUGGCCCCAAGUGACAGCUCAAGGACCAGGACUGAGAUAACACUGUACUCUGAGCCAGACUUCCAGGGCGAUUGUCACGUCUUAAAACCAAAUCAGGAAGAAUUGCCCGAGAAAUUACUGACCAAGUCCUGCCGAGUGUCGGGGGGAAGCUGGGUGCUCUACGAGAAUAAACAGUACUCUGGGAACUUGUACGUUUUAUCUGAAGGAGACUACCCCAACUUAAUCAGUAUGGGAUGUCCACCCGGCUGCAACAUCCGCUCUGUCAAGGUCGUGCCGAUGACUCUCUCUGUUCCUUCCAUCUCUCUGUUUGGCCUCGAGUGUCUGGAGGGCAGAGAGAUCACCAUGGACACAGAGAUCCCCAGCAUGGUCGAAGAGGGCUACAACAACCACAUCCUGUCCGUCAGAGUCAACAGCAGCUGUUGGGUGAUAUGUGAGCACAGCAACUACAGGGGGCGCCAAUUCCUACUGGAACCAAUUGAAAUCACCAACUGGCCGAAGUUCAGCUCAAUACAGACUAUUGGCUCAAUGUUCCCAGUCCGACAGAAGCGCCGCUUUUUACGCAUCAAGAACAAAGAGAGAGGUCACUUCCUGUCCGUCCAGGGUGGCGUGGAAGAGAUGAAAUCAGGACGAGUGGUGGUGACACCAGAGGUGGAGCCCAUGAGUGACAUCUGGUUUUAUCAGGACGGCUUGAUCAAGAGCAAGUUGUCUCCAACCAUGAGCCUUCAGGUGAUGGGAAAAAUAGAGCCGGGAGUCAAGGUGGUUUUGUGGGCAGAGACCCGGCAGCCUAUCCAGACCUGGACAGCCCAGAUGAGAGGCCUCAUCACCAGCCUCACUUUCCCUGGCUGCGUCCUGGAUGUCAAAGGUGGCAAAUCAUAUGACAAAGACCACGUGGUGAUUAUGCCAGAGAAUGAGGAGAGGCCAAGCCAACAGUGGGAGAUAGAGCUGCUGUAACCUGAUAUAAAAACCUCAUGUUUCUCGUCACAGUGCUUCUCUCUACAACUCUGAGCAUCUCAUUAAUAUUCUGGGAGCCACUACCAUGUAACUAGUAUGAUCAAUGUGACAGUAAGAAUGUCAUUGGAGCCCUUAAAAGCUACACCAGACAGUUCAGUGCUUUGCAGAAUUUUCUGUUGUAUUCUCAUGAAAUUGUUGCAUUUUCUUUGAGUCACAAGGAUUUUUUCUGUAUGCAAGGAGAAAAAAAAGAACACCGUCAGUGCCUUGAACCUGCUGGAGCGACUGGGUUUAGUUGGUAAUAAACAAUGAAUGUACUUUGGAGGAUCUACUGAACUAUGUAAACCCUAAAAUAAGAACCAUUUAUUGGUAUCCAGUUGAUUUAUGGUACAGUUUUUUGACUUUGACCUGUAUUGGAUGUUAUCACUUGUCAAGAGUAUUCAAAGUAGAAUCUCCCUGUUGGUAUGAUUUCAGGCUCUUGCAAAUUCCCUCACUGCAACAGCACUUUUAUAUUCUUUACAAUGGAGCAAACCAACUUCUGGUUUUCCUGGCGUGAACAGCAAGUUGCUUACCUGUGCUUUCUGCAGAUAGUGGACAAAUUAAGCCAAACGAAUGGGUACUGUGCAAGAAAUUUAUGCUGUGCUUUUUUUUUUUUUAAAGGUAUUUUUUUAAACGUACUGUGUUUAUUGAUGUUUAUCUUGUGGGAAAUGUUGCACUUAUAUCGUACAGUGCAGUUGUGUGUGCAGACACCCUUUGUAUAGGGUUUGUUAUAAAGUUGUUUGUCUGCAUCAGCGUAUGUUAAUAUUUGAUACUAAAGAUGUGAUGUAAAAUGUUGUGUAAGAGG